UUUUUCCCUUUCUUUUCUUCCUUUUACAAACAAGAUGUAUCAUCUCUUUUUUUUAUUUCUUUUCUUUCUUAUUUUGUUAUCUAAAACAAUGUUACUCUCCCCUUUAAACUUGGGAUUUGAUUCAUCCAAAUCAAAGAAAUGUUCCACAUACUCCAUGUAAGUCAAUUGUAAACAAAAAUCAAGGUCAAAUCCAACACCAGGAUGCUUCCCAAAUUUGCGUCACAACAGCACUGUUGGCAACAACAAUUGCUGCAAUACCCACAUCAUAUGCUUAUUUUCACUGCACAAAUGGCGUGUCAAAUAUCGUAUAUUAAUUUCGACUUGUUCAAACGUAGAAAAUUGCAAAAUUGGAAAGCAAAAUCCCUACCUUUUCAGUUCACGUGAAGGCCAUUUUGCACAUAAAUACUGGGUCUGAUAGAUUGUUGAUUAGUCAGAAAAGGGACCAAGUAUGCCCUCACAGUGUUUGAUUAAAUGUCCCAAAGAAAAAUACUUUAUCCAGUACAAACCUGCCGCUCUUUUGUUUGUUUUUCAAUACUUUAUUUAUAAGGUAUGAUUCAAGGGAGGCUCUUUCUUGGUUGAAGUUUUAAGAUAUUGAAUUAUUAUACUUUUUUGAGUAUUUGAUUUGAUUAUCUUAUGAUAGGAAUAGUAUUAUAUGAUAAUAAACUUAAAAGGGUAAGAUUUUAGUUUUUUAAUGUUGAUUGUUGAUUAUGAAACCAUUUCUUUAAGGACAAGUUCAUGUUCUUGGGAUGCAAAUAUUUGAAUACUGGAUUUAAAUAUUGUUAUUCAUGGAUUAAAAAAUGGUACCCUACAAACUUACUUUGAUUUUAAUACUAAUUUAGUUGUGUGUACUCCUAGUCUUUGAAAAUAUGCAAUGUAGGUUACCAGGGAACACAUUUGAAAGAAUUUUCAUAUUUUAUUCAAGUAGAGUUUAUGCAUUAGGACCACAUUGGGCUUCGUUUGACUUAAGGGGAAAUGUUUUGCACCGACUUAAUUGUUCAUACAAAAUGUGUGCUAAUCAAGUAUAGGACUAUCAUUAAUUUCCCUUAUGAAAUCUUUCAAAUUGUGGCUAGUCUCAUUCAUGGAAUAGCUGAUGAAGAAUACUUCUUUUGAACAUACAUUCAUUCACCAAACAAGGCCUAGUUUCCAAUUUGAUCUACUAAAUUAUCUGUUUUGUGAGAAGGAAAUAUGCUAUGAUUCACACAAUCACUAGGUAGCUUGAACAUGGACCAAUAAGUGGAGUUCUGUACAUGAGUCUUGACUGUGGACAUGGACUAUGUAAGACAGGUGUGUUAGACGGUGAUGGUGGGUUUCUAACUAGGUAAAUAAUGCAUACUUUUGAGUUGUGACUAUUGACGUUGAACUAUUUACGCCUCGUUUGGUUAAUGACACUAAUUGGUAGUAAUUGGAAUGAUUUGUAGUAUAAAUUUUCAUAAUAUGUAACAUGCUAUUCCCAUAAUAAUGAAUCUAUGAUCAUAAAAAAAAAAUUCUUCACAAUUUUCCUUUACUACCUAAUGCCACAUAUUUAAAUGAUAAUGCAUUAGAAUGAAUUUGGUAAAGAAAAUGAGAUUAUUGAAGGAGAAUAUGCAUGACCAUUUCAAGAGAUAUUCCUACCAAAUUUACACUAACUUUUCAAAACCAUUCCGACCAUUUAGUAUCGAUUACUAAACAGGCCAUUAACGUAGGUGUGGUAUGACUGGUGGCAUCUAACUAGGUUAAGACUGCAUGUGACAGCUAAAAGCUAGAAUACACCCGAGGGAGUGCGUUGUUCUUCUUUCGUAGGCCUAAAGGCUGAACUUGCAUCGCACAAAUGAACGUUAGCUUCUACGUUGACAUUGUCAUAAAUCAUAAUGUGUUUAAUUAAACUUUCCACCAGUAGUAACUAAAAAGUUGUAUGCAUUGUAAAAUCAUGGUUGACGUACUAUAGUUCUGGCACCUUGUAGAAUAAUGGGAAUUGCAGUUGGGUUAGUUCGAAUUAUUUUCACAAUCUGGUCCAUCAGAACUUUGAAAACAGACAGCUCAAAAAAUACAAUAGAUUAAUAUGGAGAAGAUAUCGUGUACAACUAGGUACACGAAGUGGGUAUCAAUAUAGUUAGUCUUAUCCUUUCAACUAAUUUAUUGCUGACAUAUUGGCAACAUAAAAUAGCUAUUACAAAAGGUCUAUCAAUCAUAUAAUGGGAGCUGGGAAGUCAGGAAUCAGGAGUGCAGAUUCAAAUCUGACCAUCUGUGGGCAUCAAAGGUUCCAUUUUCUUCAUGGGUUGCAUGUAUUCAAAAAGCAAUAAUGAGAAAAUCCUUGAGUACUGUAAUUGUGCUAUUCUUGCUUCUGAAACAUCUUUUUCUGUGAAUGAAGUUGAGGCUUUACAUGUUCUUUACAGAAGACUUAGCAGUUCAGUUGUUGGAGAAGGCCUGAUUAACAAGAAAGAAUUUCAGCGGGCUUUGCUUGGGAACUGUAAGCAACAAAAUCUUUUCGUAGAUAGGGUUUUCAACUUAUUUGAUCUCAAGAAUAAUGGAGUGAUUAGUUUUGAAGACUUUGUCCGGUCAUUGAGUAUUUUCCACCCAAGCACUCCUGAGGCGGACAAAAUUGCUUUUGCCUUCAAUUUUUUUGAUGUAAGGAACACUGGUUACAUUGAGCGCGAAGAGUUGAAGAAAUUGCUCCUGGCGAUUUUUGAAGAACUAAAUGUGACCCUUUCAGACAAUCUGGUUGAAGCAAUAUUAGAGAAGACUUUUGCGGAAGUUGAUCUUAAAAACGAUGGAAAGAUUGAUGUAGAAGAAUGGAAAGAAUUCAUGUCGAGGAACUCAUUUCUCAUGAAGAACAUGACACUUCCUUACUUAAAGGAGUUGACAACUUCAUUCCCAAGUUUUUUCAUUAAUAGUGAGGUCCACGAUUCAGUUUUACGCGUAAAGGAUGUUUGUAGCUCAAAUGGGAGUUCUUCCUCCAAAAACCAAUAUAAUCAAUAUUUGACCCAAUUGAUGUGAUCUGUUGCAAAGGAUUAACUUCAUCUAUACAAUGUAAUCAACUGUGCGCAUCAGAAUGUUAUUUUUGAGAAAAUUUUAGAUCAUAUAUCCUACAGUAUUUGCUCCAUAUGUACAAUGUUCGGAUUUAACCCCCCAAAAAAUGAUUGGCCUUACAAAUCAUGUGUGCUUGUCAAUUUGUGCUCCUUAUGUAAUAAGUUUGGCUUUUAAAUGUUUCAGAUAAUGUUCUGAACUUGAUGCUCGCAUAUUUUACCAUCAGAUUUGAAUGUCUACCUAGUGAAGUAACCAUGUUGUGUUCGAAACGAUUUGUUUGCAUUAGCCAGUUAUUAAUUUUACUGAACCAUUAAAGCCGUCCUUGGGGUUCUUGAGAUAGCUAAUAUGUGAGGCAAAUGAUGUGGUUUUUGGAAGUCAUAAGGUGGACUGGUUUCUUAAAAGAUAGUGACAGUCAUCUAAUAUACUCAACCAAUUCGAAAGGCAAGAGAACAUUGGCCAUGAACUGUCUCGUAGUGAAUCAGGUAUUACUUAUUGGGCUUAGAAUGCUGUAUUUUGAUGCAUAAGCUAGUUGAUCAAAAGAAGCCAAGAGGCUUAUAAAGCUCAGUUCCUAUGUGGAACAUUGAAGGGAAGGAAUCAGAUUAUUUGGGUUCCGAUGAUUGAUAUCCAUUUUAUAUGGCUUUUGGUUUUGGCUUACUUGGGGUAAAAUUCUAAAGACCUUUAAGUUGCUUCUGAAUCGAUUAGAUGUAUUUGAAAGUAACUGAAGAAGAUAUCCCGAUUCCCUACACGAGUGUAAGGUUUCAGUUUUGCAUAUAGUUUAGCUUUGGAAAUUUAAACGGUAAACUCCUUGUUCAAUAUCAAAAUGAGAUGUGACCUCAAUGAAACCCAAAGAAUCAACUUGGAUUUGGCGCUGGUUUUAUUCAAAAUGGGUUACAAUUUGGGAUGUAAUGAAGCAUUUUAUCAAAGUGUUAAGCUGGAAAGUCCAUUAAAGUGUUCUCACUGUUAGGGGCCAUCAAGUUAUAUAGUGCCUUAAGUGCAUAUUCAACUCUGUUUAGACUACCUUGUCCAUUCAUUGCAAGGAACUUUGAUUUUACGACUUGAUCUCCUUAUCUGAUUUGGCAUGGUGUCCUAGGCUCUUCCACUAUGUCAAGUUUUCUAAUUAUUUCCACAGUUAUCGCUGGCGGAGCUUGAAGGCGUUUCGGUGUUGCACUAAUGAUUAGGCUAUUGGACAAAAAAGUUCUUAUUUUUCU